UGGAUGCCCUCAGAGUUCCACAGUCCUGGCUGUGUACAGACAGGAUGUAAAACAAGAACUAGGGCUUCCAGGCAAAGGAUCCACUGGCUGCAGGCAGAGAGGGAAACGGCCUUCCGUGAGCACCAGGCGCCCAGGCUGAGUGUUGAGGAGGAGGCCGAGGCCUGGAUUCCCAGUUCUGUAAUUAAUUAACUAAAGUGGAUCAAAUGAGGAGGUGAAAGUUCACACAGGAGCAGGUCACUCCUGUCAUCUUGGACUGGGUCCUCAUCCCACCAUCCAGCGUCCUGGUCUAGGAAGAGUCCUCACGGACUUGUGAAGAAUCAGCAAGGCGGGUUCACAGGAGUCACGUGUCCCUCCCACUCCGGGUCCCCUGCCAGGAUGGGGAUGCCCCAGCCCUGGGUCCUUAGCCUCUUCUUGGUCCUCCUGCCUUGGACCUGGGGCACAGCUACCCGUCCCCCCCUGCUGUACCACCUCACGGCUGUGUCCAACCCACCCAAGGGGGUUCCCUCCUUCUGGGCCACAGGCUGGCUGGGCCCUCAGCAGUAUCUCAGCUACAACAGCUUUCGGAAGGAGGCUGAUCCCUGUGGGGCCUGGAUGUGGGAAAACCAGGUAUCCUGGUAUUGGGAGAAGGAGACCGUGGACCUGAAAAACAAAGAACAGCUCUUCUUGGAAGCCCUCAAGGCCCUGGAAAGCAUCAAUAAUGGUAACUUCACGCUGCAGGGCCUGCUGGGCUGUGAGCUGGCCCCUGACAAUUCCUCAUUGCCCACGGCUGUAUUUGCCCUCAAUGGCGAGGAGUUCAUGCAGUUCAAUGCAAGCAUCGGCAACUGGACUGGGGAGUGGCCUGAGACAGAGAUCGUUGGUAAUCUGUGGAUGAAGAAGCCUGAGGAGGCCAGGAAGGAGAGAGAGUUCCUGCUGACUUCUUGUCCUCAGCGGCUGCUGGGCCACCUGGAGAGGGGCCGCCAGAACCUGGAGUGGAAGGAGCCACCCUCCAUGCGCCUGAAAGCCCGCCCCGGCAGCCCCGGCUCCUCCGUGCUGACCUGUGCCGCUUUCUCCUUCUACCCGCCGGAGCUCAAGCUGAGGUUCCUGCGCAACGGGCUGGCCACAGGCUCUGGGAACAGCAGCAUCGGCCCCAACGGCGAUGGCUCUUUCCACGCCUGGUCUUGGCUGGAGGUCAAACGUGGCGAUGAAUACCAUUACCAGUGUCACGUGGAACACGCGGGGCUGGCAGAGCCUCUCAUUGUGGACCUAGACUCACCAGCCAGAUCUUCUGUGCCUGUGGUUGGGAUCGUUCUUGGUUUGUUGGUGGUGCUGGCGGCUGUUGCAGGGGGCGUGCUGCUGUGGAACAGGAUGCGGAGCGGGCUGCCAGCCCCAUGGCUUUCUCUCAGCGGUGAUGACUCUGGCGACCUGCUGCCUGGAGGAAACCUGCCCCCUGAGGCUGACCCUUCGGGGGCAAAUGCCUUUCCAGCCACCUCCUGAUGCCAACUCGUGCGGCCGAUGCCCACUGCAGCGUUGGUGCUGUGUGGUCGCCUGAACUCCUGGAGUCUCCGAGCCUCGUGAGGGAGCCCUGGGCCGGAUGUCCUCCCUGUGGACCCCCCCCCCCCUUUUUUUGCCUUUC